CCGAGCGAAGGCAGAGGCGGUUGAGGCUGGGGCAGCGGCGGGCGGGCCCGGCCGGCAGGCGGUGGUGUCAGCAUCGGGAACUGUCUGCCCGUCUGUUUGUAGCUAGCUGAGUCAAGGCCAGUCGGGAGGUCUGGCGGCGGGAGGCAGCAUGUCGGUGGCCGGACUCAAGAAGCAGUUCUACAAGGCGAGCCAGCUGGUCAGUGAGAAAGUUGGAGGAGCUGAAGGGACCAAACUUGAUGAUGACUUCAAAGAAAUGGAAAAGAAAGUGGAUGUUACCAGCAAGGCUGUGGCAGAGGUUUUGGCCAGAACUAUUGAAUACCUUCAGCCUAACCCAGCCUCUCGAGCCAAGCUGACAAUGCUUAAUACUGUAUCGAAGAUUAGAGGGCAAGUGAAGAAUCCUGGCUAUCCACAGUCAGAAGGGCUCUUGGGCGAGUGCAUGAUUCGGUAUGGAAAGGAGCUAGGAGAUGAGUCCAACUUUGGUGACGCACUUUUGGAUGCUGGUGAAUCAAUGAAGCGAUUGGCAGAAGUGAAAGAUUCUCUGGACAUAGAAGUCAAACAGAAUUUUGUUGACCCCCUCCAGAAUCUCUGUGAUAAAGACCUAAAGGAGAUCCAGCAUCAUCUGAAGAAGCUAGAGGGCAGGCGUUUGGAUUUUGAUUAUAAGAAGAAGCGUCAGGGAAAGAUACCAGAUGAAGAGCUUCGUCAAGCAAUGGAGAAAUUUGAAGAGUCCAAGGAAGUGGCAGAGACCAGUAUGCACAACCUCUUGGAGACUGAUAUUGAGCAGGUGAGCCAGCUCUCAGCUCUGGUGGAUGCACAACUGGAUUAUCACCGGCAGGCAGUACAGAUCCUGGAUGAGCUGGCAGACAAGCUCAAGCGCAGGAUGCGGGAAGCCUCUUCCCGUCCCAAGCGGGAAUACAAGCCAAAGCCUAGAGAUUCCUAUGACUUUGGAGAGCCUGACCAGUCCAAUGGAGGUUUCCCUUGUGCCCCAGCCCCCAAGAUCACAGCAGCUUCUUCCUCUUUCCGAUCCUCUGACAAGCCCAUCCGGACCCCCAUCAGGAGUAUGCCACCUCUGGACCAGCCCAGCUGCAAGGCCCUCUACGACUUUGAGCCGGAGAACGAUGGGGAACUGGGCUUCCGAGAGGGCGAUAUCAUCACACUGACCAACCAGAUCGAUGAAAACUGGUACGAAGGCAUGAUCAACGGCCAGUCCGGCUUCUUCCCUCUCAACUAUGUGGAGGUGCUGGUCCCACUACCUCAGUGAAAUGGCUGCUCUCCACAGCUCCCUCCCUGCCUCCCUCCCUCCCUCCCUCCUCCUCUCCUGCUCCUCCCCCUCGAGAGGAAGGCCAGGCCUGACCUGCAUUCCAUUUUGUUCCUGCUGACACCAGGCUCCCCCGGAAGACAGGAGGGCUAGUAUUAACCCUGCCCACGCCGGAAUGGCUUCCCAUUCUCCGGGCUGGGCGUCCCUUAAAUGCCGUCCUUCCCAAGGAUUUGACGAGGUCCUUCCCGAGGCCUCCAGGAGCUCACCGCCUCCUCCCCCCACCCUCCCAGUCCCUUUGGCAAAGGUUCAGGCAGCCAAGCCCCUAGUUCUGGCCCUGGUCAGCUCGGCCUGCCCUGGGAAGAUGCAGCAGCGGAUGCUCGCUAGUUGAGUUAGGAGCUGAGCAGGCAAAGAAGGGUGAGCCAGUCAGCUCCAGUCAGCAAAGGGCUCUUGUGGUGUGAUGAUGGUGGAAGUGGAGAAACACGGUUUGUUUAAACCACCCAGGUUUACAUAAGACACUAGUGACCACCCGAGCUUCUUUUUGCCCUCCCUCCUUCCACCUUUUGCCCCAUCUUCCAUCUCCAGACCUUGUCCCUUCUCCAUCCCCCUCCCCUUGCUGCUCCUGAGGGGCCUGGGUGGACAGGACUCAUUGACCGGCCACGCUGCCCCUCCCAGUCAGGUCUCAGCCGUGAGGCUCACAAGCAAAGGGUUAACACUAAGGUGCUCCCCGAAACACUAAGCUUCCUCUUUACAGGCUUCUUUGCCUGAGCAGCCGUCGCCUCCCUGCUCUGGCCCCCACCUGGGGACUUCCAGAGGCUGUUCCUCUUUGGAGGGCGACUCGGUUCCCUGGUCCACAGCCAUAGACAUCUGGCCCCCCCAGGCCCCCUGUACCCCCAGGCCCUUGCUGUCACUCGUUCCCACUCCUUGAGAUCCUCAAGUUGACUUGGAAGAUUCUGCCCCCUUCUCUGAGCCACGCUGGGAAGACCUGAAUGCCAACUAGCGGGCCCAGGGCCACAGCCACUGAGAAGCGCUGUGAGGGGCUCUUUAGAGAAUGGAGGGAUACUGUGGAAACCACUCCAUCUGCUCUGUUCUCCCCGCUAGUCUGAUCGCUCUCUUUGCUGCUGGCUCUGGCCAAAGUUGGGCCCCAGCACCUUGGAGGACUGAGGACUAAGGCCAGGAAAGCCAACCCCUCGCCCUGGGGGGCUGUCCCUAGCGUGCCUUGCUUGCAGCCUCCCCCUUGGAGGCCGGAUGUUACGACUUGAGUUGGGGUUGGGAGCAACUCCUAUAGGCAUCCGCCAGGGCCUGUUCAGGUCACAGCCCUCGUGCCUCAGGUUCUGCUGCCUUAACUGGCUGAAAUAAGAAAUUUGAUUUUCUCUUGUUUCCCUCCCCUUCCCUUUCCUUCUCCCUCUUCCCCUCUCUGUCACCAUCUCCCUUCCCUUUUCUCCUCCUCUCCACUUUUCUUCUUGGCAGGAGCUAAUGUUAAGUGUAGCAACAUGGGCUAGGCUUUGGAGACUUCUCCGUGCCAUGGUGGUUUUGAGGUGGGAGGAAGAGGCAGUUUGUUCCACCAUGUCCUAGCUGUUAAAUUGUCCUCCAAUUGGCUUCCUUCCGAUUCCAGGAGCCCCAGGCUCAGCCACAGCCCAUUGCAGGCAAUGGGUCCCAGAUUCUCUAGCGCUGUCCCCUUAUGGCCUCUCUGACCAAAAAGCUUUGCAUAGAUGCCACCUCCUUGAGAGCCUGAAGAUCAGCCAGGGCCCAGCAGACUCCCCGACUCCUAGGGGCCAGCUAUGAGAGGAGAAGAGGAGGUGGGGAAUGACAGGGCCCGUGGGGGCUAAGCCCUAAGAAACAGCCACAGCCCCCCCCCCCCCAAAGAAGAGCACUGCAGCCCCAGCCCCUCCUUCAGCAGCUCCGCUGCCCCAUGUCUGCCCCGUGUCGUCUCCUCGGCCUCACACUAGCUCUGAACCCAGCGCUCCGGUCUCCUUUGCACACGCUGCCUCCCUCCUCUAGCUCAUCUUACGGCAGCGUGACCGAUACAGAAAGCAUUGUAUCCUUUAACUUUCCUUUUAACCAAGCAUGUUGAUAUAUGUUUAUUACUCACAGGGCAGCUGCUGUUGUUACGUUGGCACUGCCAGGGUCUGCCUUCCCCACAAAACAAAACAAACAAACAUGGGACCACAGGAGCCUGCAGAGGCUCCUGCCUGGCUGGGUUGCCAAGCCCCCAGCGAGCAAACCUCCUCCUCUGAAGUGUUAAGCACAAAAUGUUUGAACUGAACCAUCCCUGGGAAACGUCCUAGACUUGCCGUGGCACUCCCCGCUUCCCUUUAUCAUCUGUCCCUCGCCACCUUCUCUCCCCACCCGGUGCUGAGCUGUUUCAGAUCUGGGACCAGCUUCCUGCGGCCAUCUCGGUGAUCCCGUGCCAAUUUGGGGCAGGUCCCUCAUCCUGAAGGCUCCAGCACCAGCCCCAGGAGCAGCAAUAUCAAAUAGCUUCCCAGGACCCAGUCAUGCUAGAAUCCCUGGAGCCCCAGCCUGGAGUCUGGCAGUGCCACGCAGCCCUCCUGAGCCUUUUGGCUUCUGUCCACUCGGUUCUAGACUUGAAUAUGGAAGGGAGAGGAUGGAGGUAGAGGAUUAGCCACAUCAUCAUCAUUCCCUUAGGCCCACCAGGAGCCACCAUUGAGUUCAGUUGGGGGGAGGUAGGGGAAUGGGUGUCUUCAGAUGAUCAAUAUAACUUUUGUUACAGUUUCUCCUUUGUCUAGGGCAAAUUGAAUUGUAAUCUUGAUUUUAAAAAGUAUUAAAUGUUUUCUCUUUCUAAGC